CAGUUACCUAGUGACAGAAUGAUUCAAGGAUUCCGUGCUCGCAGUCAACUUUUGAUGAAGAAAUACGAAGAAAGGGAUGAAGUGGAAUGUAACUUGUCAGAAUCGAGUGACAGCGAGGAUGAGCAAGACGAUAUCUCAAGAGACCUUGGGAGGACUUGGAAGGUACGAGGGACUUUAAUAACACCAAAAAGCCAGAUUAUAGUCGAUAAUGCAAGCAAUGAUGUYCUGGAYGAAUUGAGGUCYAGUACMCAGGUYAUGAGUAAAGAAGUCCAUCAAACAGAAGUCAGGCUUGAAGAUGCACACCACAAGCUGAGAGAUCUUACUAUCAACAUCAGACAAAAAGAGAAGUUGAUAAAAGAACUCGUAAAAAGUGAAGAAGAGGAGAGAAAAAUGAAAGAACAUUUUUCCAAAAAGGUCGACAACAUGAAGCAUGAAGUAGACAAAGCAAAGCGAGACGUAGACGAGGCGAAGAAAGCCUUGGAGCAGAUAGAAUGCAAGGCAAAUAUCGAGAUGAGCGAGAAACAGAAGGCUGAACAGGAUUACAAGAAGAACUUGCAGCUUAUGGAGUCAAAAAUACAAGCAUUGCAACGAAAACAGAAGGAUAGCGAGAAACUAAAGACAUUCCACGAAGAAAAAGCCAAGAAAGUCAAAGAGUUUGAAGGUCACAUUGAAAGAAUGAAAUCGCAACAAGAAAGCCUGGGCAAACGGUUAAAAGAGGAGAGUGAUAAGAAAAGUAGACUGGAACGAGAAAUGAGUAAACAGCUCCAGAGAAUCAAAGAGCUUGAAGAGCAGUCAGAACAACAACAAAAGAUUAUCCGACGCAAAACGGAACAAGUAGCUAAUGCACAGAGGAGGCUUAGAGGAGUCAGCAAGCAGGGUUCAGACGACAAGCAAGGGUAGGACUUACAGUGAAUUUUCGCCUUGUGGA